AUGGCUCUUGAAGCUUUGAAAUCACCAACAACAACAGAAGCAACACCUACUAGCUAUGAUGAAGUUGAAGUUCAUAAUUUGGAUUCCAAUUUGGCCAAGAGAAAACGCUCCAAACGUCCUCGCAAUGAAAUCCCACCAACUGAAGAGGAGUUUCUUGCUCUCUGUCUUAUCAUGCUCGCUAGAGACGGCCGCACUAAUAAUUCUACUCAUCCUGAUAACAACAACAACAACAUACUCAGUGUAUUCCCACAAGUGGGGACUCAUCAUGAUAAUAGUAAUACUCUUACUACUGCUACUAGUGUCCAAGAGAAGAAGAAAAAAAUAGUUCAAGAACCGAUAGAGCAAUAUUCUUACAAGUGUAACGUGUGCAACAAGGCUUUUCCUUCUCAUCAAGCACUAGGUGGACACAAAGCAAGUCACCGUAAAAACUCCACUGAUGACGAAAACAACAACAUACUCAGUCUAUUCCCGCAAGAGAGGACUCAUCAUGAUAAUAGUAAUACUAUUACUACUUCUACUGCUCCCUUGGUGGACACAAAGCAAGUCACCGUAAAAGCUCCACUGAUGAUAACCCUUCUACAUCAACUUGUGACAAAUAAUUCCCACGAGCGUUCUAUUUGUCACAAGUGUUUUCCAACUGGUCAAGCUUUAGGUGGACAUAAGCGCCGCCACUAUGAACGCAACCUUGUUGGUGGUAGCCAUACUGUGAUAUUGUCGGAAGGGAGAUGCUCCACAAGGGCGUUACUCAGGGAAAAAGAAAAGACGCCUUCAUCCUGUGGUAGAAAGGAUGUACGGGAAGAGGCACCCCUCUCGGGGGCCACCCUGGCCGCGGUCCUAGCAACUAAUAGUGCGAGGAUGGAGCGUAUGGAGAAACUCUUAAACUCUCUGUCUGGCACGGCACCAGCGGAACGCCCUUUGAACGACCCAGAGAUUGUAGAAGCACCAGAGACCUCUGCGGAAGACGUGGAGCAAGCAGUGAUGGAGUUAGCCAAGCAAAACGUUGACCUGGUCAGACUUUUCACGGAGAAAGAACUCCACGAUCGAAUGAGCCAAAUACUGGGGGCUUCCCCUAUCUUGUAA